AUGUGGGAUGAACGUCGUCAGAAGGAACGGAGGCAAGAAGGCGUCAAAUACAGAUUGAAUGCUAUUCAACAACACGCGAAUAUGGAAGAAUAUGAAUUACAGAAGAAAAGAUACGAGGAGUAUAAAAGUGCUAACUCUUAA